UCCACCUUCUCUCUCUUAUUCUUCUUCUUCUCUCUUUCUCUCUCUCAAGACCAACCUCUCCUUGACCCAACAGAACAAAAAGCUCUCUACCAACUUCUCAACUCCCUCAACCCAACCAUCCCCUGGCCCACUCUCUUCCCCGACGACCUCUGUUUCUCCGCCCCACACGGCGUCGUUUGUGACUACUACUCUUCUUCUUCCACCACUCAACAAAAAGCACACAUUGUUGAACUCAACUUUGGUUACGUUUCCGAUGAAACACCUAACCCACCUUGUUCCCCUAACGCCACUUUCAACCCUCUUCUAUUCACCUCUUUCAACUACCUUCGUAAACUCUUCUUCUACAAAUGCUUCAACAACACACAAAAUCAUAAACCCCUUCACAACCUUUCUCUUCCACCCUCUCUCCAAGAACUCGUCUUCAUCGAAAACCCUUCUUUCGUCUCGCCUCUCGAACCUUUUCUCAACAAUCUCACCUCUCUCAAAAGACUUGUCUUAAUCGGAAAUGGCUUCCACGGCGAACUUCCGCCGCAGAUUGCCAGUUUUAACAACUUGGAAGAGCUUACUGUUUCUAGAAAUAAUCUCUCCGGCGAGGUUCCGGCGAGUUUGGGAAUGCUGAAGAAGUUGAAGAUUCUUGAUCUUAGUCAAAACGAGUUUAAAGGGUGUGUUCCUGAACAAGUUGGGAAUCUAACUUCGCUUUUGAAGCUUGAUUUGAGCUUCAAUGGGUUUGUUUGUAAAAUCCCAGAGAGUUUAAAGCACUUGAAAAAUUUGGAGUUUAUGGAUUUAAGUUUCAAUCUUUUUGGUAAUUUUGGUGUCCCUUUAUUCAUAGGAGAAAUUCCCAAAUUGAAGGAAGUUUAUUUAAGUGGGAAUUCACUUUCUGGGAAAAUUCCAGAAAUAUGGGAAAAUCUUGGUGGUGUUGUAAAAAUUGGAUUUUCAGAAAUGGGGUUAGUUGGUAAAAUCCCAAGUUCAAUGGGUGUUUAUUUGAAGAAUUUGUCUUAUCUUGGGCUUGAUAACAACAAGCUUGAUGGGCCUGUUCCUGAGGAGUUCGGGCUUUUGGAGUUUGUUGAUGAGAUCAAUUUGGAGAACAAUAAUUUAAGUGGUAGAAUCACGUUUUCAAAAAAAGUUGGAGAGAAAUUAAAGUUGGCAGGAAAUAUAGGGCUGUGUUUGGGGAACAAUAACAGCUGUUCUGAAAAUGGAGGGAGAUUGGGUCAAAUUAAUCCCUGCAAAAUAACAGAUGUUCCUGAUGCUGUCGUUUUCAAUGGGGUUUCUUUGCUGCUUUUUGAUCCUCUUACGUUGGUUUUGGUCUCUCUGUUGUUUUUCUUCACGGGAUUUUGAAGGAGUGCUAUUUGCAAAGUUCUUUUUUGACCAUAGAAAGGAAUAUAUGUUUAUUCUCACUAGGAACUAGAAAAAGGGUUUUCAUUUUUUUAACAAGUGUAAAUGGAAAUGAUAGUGAUCCACGGUGGUGGUAGUUAAGAAAUGUUUAGACUUUGUAUUCGGAAAAACAAAGUAUAUAUUUCUUGCUAUUUCAUUGCUCAAUUUUAUUUCUUGCUGACUAUUUAAUUUUACCAAAA